AUGGAUCGUGCUGAUAAGAUACUUGGAAACCUGGCCUCCAUUGGUACAGUCUUCGCCUGUGACUGCGCCAGCGGGAAAUUCGAGCGACUUCCAGCGAUUCUAUGGCUUGGUCUCCUGCAAUUUGUGGUCCUCUACCCAGAUCAUCGCACGUUACUCGCCGCGCAAUGUACUCGGUCGCUUCAUGCGAUUGACAAGGCCGACGAGCGAGCUCCAAUCGCUUGGCAUGGCGAAGAUUGCGACGGGACAGCUGAGACUCGCAACAUGGACUCCGCAGAGAUGAUGAGACUUGGAGAUGCUCUCUGUAUCCAAGGGCCUUCUGCCCGUACGCUUCAAUCUGCUGCUACAGCCCAGUCCGAUAUCACUGCCCUCCGCCCUGGAAUGCCUGAGAAGCGUGGGAAGAACAUUUUGGCCCCGACCAAGCCGCCGCAGUAG